AUGUCGGGUAGCAUCAACGACAUUAACGUCCUUGAUAGAUCUCCUGUUUCUGAUGCUUUGUCUCAAGGUCGUACCGCUACUGUUAACUAUGUAAUCAACGGCCAUGAGUAUACUAUGGGAUAUUACUUAGCUGAUGGUAUCUAUCCAAAAUGGGCUACUUUUGUGACGACAAUAUCGUGCCCACAAAGUCGGAAGAAUAAGCACUUCGCCGCUAUGCAAGAGUCUCGACGCAAAGACGUCGAGCGUGCCUUCAGCGUGCUCCAGGCACGAUGGUCGAUUGUUCGUGGACCGACACGUCCCUGGGACGUCAAUACUUUGGCUAAUAUAAUGAAAGCAUGUAUUAUCCUUCACAAUAUGAUUAUCGAAGAUGAGGGUCCUGCUGUUAUGGACACCGAUUUUGAUAUUGUUGGAAAUAACAUUCCAACAACUUUCUCCAGUGGUCAGCACGCUGUAGUUGAUGAAAUGUUUACGACGUUGGGAUGUAUUAGGAGUGGAGAAGUGCACAACCAACUAUAG